AUUAGUUAUUACUAUAUAAAACGGAAUGAAACAUCGAUCAGGAUAGGUCAGUUGAUCACAUAGCAUCGGCCGAGAUUCAUCACCAUGACAUCUUCAUUCAUCUUAGUCGUUUUGCUCGCCGUCUUGUCUUCCAUCUAUGGAGCAUCUCUUACAUUAAGGGACCCGUUCGAUGAAAAUAGCGACGCUAGUAACAAGUGCGAAAUGAGCCGGCGUCCCUAUACUAUGGUGGAUUUAGCUAGCGGGCAAUGCGACGCUUAUAUUAAAUGUGAAGGUGGUCAGAUGAGCUUCGAGCUCUGCGAGGACGGCCUUGUGUAUGGAGAUCUCUGUGAUAUGCCACAGCGAGUUAAUUGUGCCGGACGUGAACGUCUGCAACCGCCAAAAGGUUCGGGCAACUGUCCGCGCCUUAACGGGCUCUAUCCUCACACCGAGUUUUGCGACCAAUACUACUAUUGCCGUAUGGGUAUCCCUCUACUCAUCACCUGUCCAGCUGGUCUCAUCUACGACAACAAGAUGGGAGUGUGUGAAUUCCCCGAUGAAGCUCAACGUCCAGGAUGCAUGCCAGAAGAAGUUUUAGGCUUCACCUGCCCGCCAAUUACCAAUGCAACACUGCUGACGUUCGGCGAUCAUUUGCGCUUCCCCAAACCAGAUGAUUGUCGCUAUUUUUUCAAAUGUCUGAAGAACGGCUAUCCACGUCUGGGCGGAUGCGAACACGGCAACGUCUUCAAUCCUGCAAAUGGGUUUUGCGAUAGCCCUCAGAACGUCAGAGGUUGUGAAAAAUAUUACGGCGAAGAAGACUGAUGGUGAAUCGAAUGA